AUGUUUAUGCGACGAUCGUGCUACAUACUACAAGACGACAGAGUUCAAGACAUGUUAACGGUCCAGGAAUCGCUCCAUAUCGCAGCUGAACUCAAACUAGGAAAUCAUAUAAGCAUACAGCAAAAAAAACAGCGGGUAGAGGAGAUUAUCACGUCCCUUGGUAUGACACCAACAAGGAACACUAGAGCCGUUAACUUGUCCGGAGGUCAGAAAAAAAGACUAGCCAUAGGUCUGGAACUAGUCAGUGACCCGCCCGUCAUGUUCCUGGAUGAACCAACCAGUGGCCUUGACAGCUCGAUAUCUAAACAGCUGGUGUAUUUGCUGCAUCUUUUAGCGAGACAAGGACGAACGGUGGUAGUGACCAUGCACCAACCUUCUGCAGCGUUAUUGACCAUGGUAGAUAGAUUGUACGCAAUUGUAGCAGGACAAUGUGCCUACAUGGGAUCCGUGCCUCUACUGCUACCCUAUUUAGAACAAAUGGACUUAAGGUGUCCACCAUACCACAAUCCUGUAGAUUUUUUUAUAGAAAUAUGUAUUGAAAAUCAAAAUCAACUAGUUAAAUAUUCACAAAAUGGAAGGAGUACGCAAUGGAUUAGUAAUAUAACAAAUGAUACUGAUAGUAAUUUAUUAACAAAAUAUGAAUUGAGCAAAAACGAAGAAGUGUACCUAACAACAUUACCACCACCAAAGUCAGACCCCACAAGCAAAAUUCUCCUGUCGUUGAAAGGUACAUAUCCGACAACCUCGUGGAAACAAUUUGCAAUAUUAACACGAAGAUCCUUUUUGUCCUAUUGGCGUGAUCCGUCCUAUACACUUAUGAUCACUGGUAUCCAUUUACUUAUGGCGCUGUUUGUUGGAUCCUUAUUUUUCAACAUCGGAAAAGAGGCCCAAAACGUUAGAAAUAAUUACAACUUUCUUUACUUCUGCCUCAUGUUUCUUAUGUUCACGGCCUACAGCGCUGUCUCAAUCAGAUUUCCAGAACAGUUGCCAAUAGUGCGUCGAGAACAUUUCAAUAGAUGGUACACGACUGGAGCAUAUUAUGCCUCGACGCUAGUAUCCGCGCUACCGAUUCAAACAAUCUGUACCCUCACCUUUGCAUGCAUAACGUAUUGGAUGACGGGACAGCCGCUGGAAUACCAACGUUUCUUCACAUAUUGUUGUACCUUAUUACUGGUUUCAUACACCGCAAUAUGCGUAGGACUUUGCAAUGGAUCUAUGUUUAACGUAAAGAAUGGUGUCGUUUUCGGGCCCUUUCUCAUCAUGCCGUUUACAGUAUUCUCAGGCUUCUUCCUUCGAUACAGUGAUGCACCAUUUUUCUUCCGAUGGUUAUUUGAUUUAUCGUUCUUGAAACAUGGACUUGUUGGUAUGGUGAUACCAAUAUUUGGUAUGGACCGACCAAAACUUACAUGUAAAGAACUUUACUGUCAUUAUGCGCACCCCACUCAAUUUUUGCUUGAUAACGGAAGAUGUGGAUUAAAUACUGUUAAACCGUAUGCUUGA